ACGACUCAGCUUCAAAAGAUUCUGCAAAACUCUCUAAUGACAGAGAGGAAGAAUCGCCACAAAAAGAAGCUUAAGAAGCAAGAUAUUGAUUUCCCCCUAUUUUUCUAUUGCUCUUCACACGUCUCUCACUGUUUUAUUUUUUUCUUUCAUAUAAAAGCUCUUUUUAGACUUUUGGUUUCAUUUGUUUAGUGGGGAAGUUUCGGUGGAUUUUUCCGCACCGAAAAAGUCAAGAGCUUUUGCUUUCCAGGUAAAUCUUCCAGAAACUAGUGUGUUCGGUGGAUUGAUUCUUCCGAUCUGAGCCUUCUCAUGAUUAGUUUUCGAUCUUCGAAUAAACCAGCUGCGAAAUUCUCAUCUAAAGCUCCGUUUUCAUAUUCGAUUUCCUAUCUCUUUCUACCAUCGAACGUCUUCUUCAUACGCUACUUCAACUGCUCUAGAUUUCGUCUAAAAAUCUGACCUUUUGUUCUUCCUCGUUCGCAAAUUCUAAAAGCUUGAACCUUUCUUCCUUUCACCCUCUCAAAAACUCUCGUCUUUUCACGUUCGAUUAGGUCGUUUGAAACUCUGUUCUUAGAAUCAGGAAGGAAGAAAAUGGCUGAGAGAAACUGGUUGAUUUCGUUCGAGGAUCUUCCUUCUCAUUUGAUCUUGGAGGUGUUGACCUCUGGACGGCUUAAUGCGGUUGAUCUACUCAGCCUGGAAUUGACCUCGAAGGUUUUCGGAGGGAGCUAUGGUUUUUCCCCUUUGAAAUUCAGAUCACUAGCUGAUUACGCAGCGUCUCAGCUUUGCUCUGUGCAUCCUGUCUAUGUGGGAAUGGGUUUGACUACACAGAAAGAGCUCUUUGCGAAUUGUGAGGGAAACUGGAAGCGGCUCUUGAGGUUCUUGCAGUCAGUUGAGCAAUCAUCAGAUAUGGUUGAAACCUCUGCAGGCAAUAUGCAAAUUACAACAGGAAGGUAUCACACGUUGCUAAUCAACAACUCAAAGGUUUACUCUUGUGGUUCAAGUUUGUCCGGUGUUCUUGCUCAUGGCCCAGAAACUACUCAAUGCGUUGCAUUUACGCCUAUAGGGUUCCCUUUCUCUGCUCAAGUGGCUCAAGUCUCAGCCACACAGAACCAUUCUGCUUUCGUAUUGCAAUCUGGAGAGGUUCUCACAUGUGGGGAUAAUUCGUCGCAUUGCUGUGGUCACUUAGACACUAGCCGUCCUAUAUUUAGGCCUAAGCUUGUUGAGGCUUUAAAAGGAACUCCUUGUAAGCAGGUGGCUGCUGGGCUGCACUUCACUGCGUUUCUAUCAAGGGAAGGGCGUGUGUUUACAUGUGGAUCAAACACACACGGACAGCUUGGUCAUGGCGAUACCUUGGAUAGACCAGUACCCAAAGCUGUUGAACUUCUUCAAAGCAUUGGCCCUGUGGUGCAAAUUGCAACUGGACCGAGCUAUGUUUUAGCUGUGACACAGGAUGGCUCGGUUUACUCGUUUGGAUCUGGUUCUAACUUCUGUCUUGGUCAUGGAGAGCAACAGGACGAGCUCCAGCCGCGUGUUAUUCAGGCUUUUAAAAGAAAAGGUAUUCAUAUACUCCGUGUCUCUGCAGGCGAUGAACACGCCGUGGCACUUGAUUCCAAUGGCCGUGUAUACACAUGGGGUAAAGGUUACUGCGGUGCUCUAGGCCAUGGAGACGAAAACGACAAGAUCACUCCUCAAGUUUUGGUCAGUCUCAAGAACUGUCUCGCUGUCCAGGUGUGUGCAAGAAAGAGGAAAACCUUUGUAUUAGUCGAAGGUGGAAUAUUGUAUGGAUUUGGGUGGAUGGGAUUUGGAAGCCUUGGGUUCCCGGACAGAGGAGUUUCGGACAAAGUCCUGAAGCCAAGAGUGUUGGAGAGCCUGAAACCACACCGGGUCUCUCAAGUUAGCACCGGUUUGUAUCACACCAUUGUGGUUACUCAAGGUGGUCGCAUUUUCGGUUUUGGAGAUAACGAAAGAGCUCAGCUUGGUCACGACUCACUCCGUGGCUGCUUAGAACCUACCGAGAUCUUUCUUCAUUGUGGCCGUUCUCGUAACCGACUUUGUUGACCUCCAAUGGUAUAGCAAUAUGCUGCUAGUGUAUUUUGUAUGAUUUUGUUGUAUCCGUUUGAUUUUUUUUUUUUUUUUAGAUUCAUGAGUGUAUCAAUUGAUUCACGUGUAUACAACAUUAAUUACCGACAUAAUACAUUUGAUUCGAUAA